GAUGGCGCCACUGAAAUUAACAAUAUUUACAGUCGUUUAUAGCAUGUGAAUGGUUAUAUUUAUGACCGACUAUGAAGAGAAUUGGGAAUUUUCUAUUCGUAAGAAAUUUAUAUACUUGUAAUACAUUAUUUCGUGAAACGCCAGAAAAUUUGAAGGGGAAGAAACACAGUUCGCAAUUAUGGCUUACGAGACAGUUACAAGAUCCUUAUGUAGAAAAGGCUAAGCAACUUAAUUAUAGGUGCAGAAGCGCAUUCAAGUUAUUAGAAAUAAAUGAUAGAUUCAAAAUAUUAAAACCUGGGCAGGUUGUGAUCGAUUGUGGUGCUGCGCCUGGCAGCUGGACACAAGUUGCAGUUAAUCUAUCAAAUGCAAAUGCCAAAACUGACGAUCCUGUUGGUACUGUGUUAGGGAUAGACAAACUGCCAAUAUUUCCAGUUGAAGGUGCAACCUUACUGUGUCCACUGGACUUUACUCAUGUAGAAUCACAAAAAAGAAUUAUGGAAUUACUAGAAGGUAACAAAGCAGAUGUAGUUCUAUCGGAUAUGGCACCAAAUGCAUCUGGUGUACGAGACUGUGAUCAUGAGAACAUAAUAAAACUUGCAUACAGUGCAUUUGUGUUUGCUUUACAAGUUACACAAGUGGAUGGAACAUUUCUUUGUAAAGUAUGGGAUGGUGGAAUGUCUAAAAAACUGGAGCAAGAUAUACUAAAAUUUUAUAAAACUGUUAAGAUUGUAAGACCACAAGCUACAAGAGAUGAAUCUACAGAAAAAUUUCUCCUAGGUAGGGGAUUUAAAGGAAUAAAGGCUACAUCUGAUAGUACAGUGUAACAUGUAGUUUCAUUAACAAUUAAGAUAUAUACAAUAAAAAUUGCUUAAUGGAUAAAAUGAUUUGUAAUACAAUUAUGUAUCAUGCCUGGACAGGUUAUAAAUGAUAACAAAGCACAAUAUUUUGGUAUAAGA